CACAUGACGUCGUGGUGGGCGUCACAUGUCGGCGACUACAUGCCGGAAGAGGCGUGUAACUACCGCGCCUCCUACUAACGCCUGAUGUCCGAACAAGUUUUGUUUCUGUGAUUUUGGGUAACUUUCUCGUCUCUGCAGACGGUGAUGGGAGAGACUGAGGUGUAAUACGCGGCGGCCAUGGAUGAGGAAGACACGAGGGAUUAUAAAGAGCCAUGUCCUCAGUGUUCGGACGUUAACUGGGGUAUAAGCGAUGAAGGCAAAUUCUACUGUAGAUCCUGCCACACUGUCAUAGAGAAAACCAAAGAUGUUGAUGAAUCCGAACUGUUUGUAAAUGCAAGGAUCCAGUCUGUGUCCAGGGGACUACGGAAAGCAAAAGCACUAGAACGGGGAUGGGAGUGGUAUAUAUGUGAAGGUUUCCAGUUCAUAUUGCUUAAGCAAGCGGAGGCUCUUGAAACAUUGGGAGUGGAUCCCCGGAUUAAGGAUGAAGUUAUAUGCAAUUUCUGGAGGCGAUAUCUUCAAAAGACUCAGGAAGCCUAUUGCAAUAGACCUGCCUCAAAGAACCAUCAGCCGCCACGGAUGUCCCAAAGUAGUGCGGCUUCGUCAGACCUAGAUAGCGGACCGGAAAUUUUUAGUAGUGCCUUCUCUUCUGAUACUGAUGGAGAAUCCAUGUCCAAUGUUAGCCUUAACCUCCCAUAUUCAGGGGGCUACACAUCAGCAUCAGAUACAGAACCCACAAGCAGAGCAGCUUCUAUAAGUGCCUCAAGUGUCUGCUCAGGAUCAGUAGAUGGGACGGUCUACAGAGUUAAUAAAAGAUCAAGGAAGAAAAUGUCCAUGCCUAUGACACUGGCCUUCUGCUACCUCUCACUGCUUUGGUUGAGAGAAUCUAUCACAUUGUCAGAUUUACUGAGGCUGGUCCUCAACCAUCGUGUACCAUACUUCAACCCAGAGCAGUAUUUCCCCGAGCAGACCAAAAUCUGUUGGAAAGAUAUUCAAAUCUUCAGAGUCCAGUUCUUCCCGGUAUACAGAGAAAUUAUUCAAUUGACCCAUGAGCUUGGAGUAUUGCUAGAUCUACCUUGCUUUCCAUCAAUCACAGAAACCUGUUUUUAUCAUCCCAAUGUGCUGUGUAUGAAAUACCUGAUGGAAGCCAACUUGCCAGAUGAGUUGCACAACUGGACCUACCGGGUAGCCAAGAAGACCGGGCUGGAUGAUGUCACCAUUCUGACAUAUGAUCCUGUGAGGAAACGAGCAAGGUGUAUCCCGUAUGACAUUCAAGCAGUGGCAAUCAUAAUUGUUGUGCUCAAAAUCGUAUUCGUCCUCAACGAUGACUGGGAAUGGCAGAUCUCAGAUAUUGCCAGUAAAAGAAAUAAGACUGAAGGGCUUCAGCCGGUGUUUGACUUCAGAAAUUGGUAUGAAACGAUGGAUCUGUGCAUGAAAGAAGUACAGCAGAAACUGGAUGAGGAACAAGCCAGAUUUUCUUGGAAAAGUGAGAGAGUCAUCGAUCAUGGGCAAAAAGUGAAAUCCGUGAUUGCGAAAAGAAAACAAAUGACAAAGAACCUGCUAAAGCAGUUCAGCCGGCUGGCUGGCACUACACCUGAUGCUGGGAAUCAAGGCCCAUCAACUUUCUUGUUUAACUGGGAAGAGCAAAACACAGGCAAGAUCUCCUUUCACGGACACAGCCUGGAGGGAAUUACGCAACUUGGCGGCAACCUGCUCUCGGGCCUGAGGACGUAUUACUGGUUCAGCUGCCUGAAAAAAUGCAAAAGCCACAACAUCUGUGAACAUUGGAGAUUAUAUGACAAAACAAAAUUCCCUAGAAGCUACGAUUUUGUCCUGUCGCUUUUCUCCCUUAUACUGGGGGUGGAAAAAUCCAUCAUCCAUCAGGAGGUGGGCUUGGUGGAGGAGAAUCUAUUCAAGGACCUCAACAAGAAGAAGCCAAAGAAAAAGGCCAAAAAGUCACAGACAUGACAUUUUUAAAAUAUUGUUAUUGGAAUUGUAUGUAAAUAAAAACAUAUUUAUGUAAA